GUGCCCAGAGUGGUCGCGCGUGCGUCGGCCGCCGCCCCUCGGCCUUUCUCUUCGCCGGUCCCCUCCCUCUCCGCCGGGACGCGGGAGAGCCCGGCGCGCGGCGGGGGCGCGAGGUGGAGCCGGUGGGGGCGGCCAAUGCGAAACUGGCUGGUGCUGCUGUGCCCGUGUGUGCUCGGGGCCGCGCUGCACCUCUGGCUGCGGCUGCGCUCCCCGCCGCCCGCCCGCGCCUCCGGGGCCGGCCCCGCAGAUCAAUUGGCCUUAUUUCCUCCAUGGAAAUCUAGUCACUAUGAUGUCGUAGUUGGUGUGUUGUCAGCUCGCCAUAACCAUGAACUUCGAAAUGUAAUAAGAAGCACCUGGCUGAAGCAUCUAAUGCAACAUCCAUCGUUAAGUCAACGUGUGCUUGUCAAGUUCAUAAUAGGUGCUCGUGGCUGCGAGGUGCCCGUGGAAGACAGGGAGGACCCUUACUCCUGCCGACUGCUCAACAUCACGAAUCCAGUUUUGAACCAGGAAAUCGAGGCAUUCAGUCUUUCUGAAGACACCUCAUCAGGAAUUUCUGAGGACCAGGUUGUCAGCGUGACCUUCCGAGUCCUCUACCCGAUUGUUAUUACCAGUCUUGGGGUGUUUUAUGACGCCAGCGAUGUGGGUUUCCAGAGGAACAUCACUGUCAAGCUUUAUCAGGCAGAACAAGAGGAGGCCCUCUUCGUGGCCCGUUUUAGUCCUCCGAGCUGUGGUGUGCAGGUGAACAAGCUGUGGUACAAGCCUGUGGAGCAGUUCAUCUUGCCCGAGAGCUUUGAAGGUACAAUCGUGUGGGAGAGCCAAGACCUCCAGGGCCUCGUGUCAAGAAAUCUGCACAAAGUGACAGUAAAUGAUGGCGGGGGAGUUCUCAGAGUCAUGACGGCUGGGGAGGGCGCCUUGCCUCAUGGAUUCAUGGAAGGUGUGGAGGGAGUUGCAGGUGGUUUUAUUUACACUAUUCAGGAAGGUGAUGCUCUCUUACAAAACCUUCAUUCUCGCCCUCGAAGACUCCUUGACCAUAUGAGUAAUCUCCACAGGGAAGAUGCCUUACUGAGGGAGGAAAGCAGUGUCUACGACGAUAUCGUUUUUGUGGACGUUGUUGACACUUACCGAAACGUUCCUGCAAAAUUACUGAACUUCUAUAGAUGGACCGUGGAAACAACCAGCUUUGAUUUGUUGCUAAAAACAGACGACGACUGUUACAUAGACUUAGAAGCUGUGUUUAAUAGAAUUGCCCACAAGAAUCUGGACGGGCCUAAUUUUUGGUGGGGAAAUUUCAGACUGAACUGGGCUGUUGACCGAACCGGCAAGUGGCAGGAGCUGGAAUACCCCAGCCCCGCCUACCCGGCCUUCGCCUGCGGCUCGGGGUACGUGAUCUCCAGGGACAUCGUCCAGUGGCUGGCCGGCAACGCGGGCAGACUGAAGACCUAUCAGGGUGAAGACGUGAGCAUGGGCAUCUGGAUGGCCGCCAUAGGGCCCGCACGGUACCAGGACGGCCUGUGGCUGUGUGAGAAGACGUGCGAGACGGGAAUGUUGUCCUCACCCCAGUACUCCCCGCAGGAACUGACCCAGCUGUGGAGGCUGAAGGAAGCGUGUGGAGACCCCUGUCAGUGCGAAGCGGCCGGAGGAGGAGCGUAACUCGCGGUGCGUGAGGCUGAGGGUGUGUGCAAGCGAGAGUCUGAGGAGAGCCUACGGUUUGGCUGUCGAGUCCAUGGGUCUUUCAGGAUUGUUCUAGGUUGGCACUUUUUACCUGUAACCAAUGUGACAUUUCUAAAUGUGUGCACAAAAUUUCCUUUUUAAAAACCGACUGCUACUGUAGCAUAAGAAAAAUUUUAUUUCUGUAUUGGAAGAACAUUUGAGAAAUACCAAAUUGUUUUAUAAAACAAAAAAGUUUCUAAAAGCUGAUGUAUCAUUUCUAGUUUAUAAUUCAUUACUAUCACUUUUGGUUAAAAUUUGGCCUAGUUCAGAAAUCUUGAGUAAUGACAGAGAAUGUGAAUUUCAACCUGGAUUACAGAAUAGUUCCAUAAAGCAUAAUGAGGAUAAUUAAGGGCCAAAAAGAACUCACAGAAUGCUGUGUGGGCACUGAUACCAAAGCUCGGGGUUUCUGGAAAUGUCUGAAGUGGGCAACUUGAACUUGAAAAGGAACCAAUCCACUCGGUUCAGGACUUUGGUUUUAAAGUUCACUUAUUAAGUGGGCUAAUUCAAGUUUUCUUUUGCCAUUUAACACAAAUCCUGAAGGUCACAGUCUGGUACUAUUGAAAAAAAAAAAAAAACUAAAAUGGGGAUAUAAGUCAAAUACCUCUCAGGGUUUUAGUGACAUAGGGAAGGAUACUGCUUAAACAGUUGACACUUCAAAUGAGUUUUGCUUUCCUCCUGUCAUUGCCCGAUGGUUCCCUACUACACGUGAAUUCCCAUCAGAGCGGCCCGUCAUCUGUAGAAGAAUGUAUGCCCCGUGUAGGUGCAGCUGCAGGAAAGAGCAUGGGGUUCAUUUUUGCAAGUGCUCUAAAAAUAGUGCAGCAGAGAAGAGAGAUCAUAGCAUAUGCGUUACACACAGAAGAGGUGCCUCCCUGACUUCAAGGGACAGCUUCCAAAAUGACCUUCCAAGUCCUUUUGGUAACCUUUUAAACUAGUAACAGUGGAAUUCCAUUAAAACUGGUCUUAUGCUGGACCUUAACUGUGUUCAGAUUUCAUUAGACUAGCUAGGUUCUAUUUACUAUUUAAAGUAGCCAUGAACUAUAAAUACGAAAGAAAAUCAGAAAGUCAUUAGCAGUAACCAAGGCUUUGCACCUACUGUUAUAUAUCUGCCUAGAAAUGGUCUCUUCCCAAUGAAAAAUACCACUUUUUCUCUACUUAGGGCAAGUUGUAAAACCUCUUCUUCUGACAGAAUUGUUCCAGAGAAUCAUUCCUUUCCAGCGAACCCCAGUCAUGAUAAAACAGUGGAGUCUCUGAACUUGAUUAGUUGGCUGUUACCAUCGCACUAACAGGUAGUCUCCGUUUUCCACAGAAUAGAACUGUAAUGACUGCUGGUCAUUUUCUAGCUCAAUCUCUCUGCCAGGCAUCUAAAAACAGAACAAAGGGUUAAUACAUCAACGAUGUCUGUUUUUCACCGAGAAUCCAGCCGAGUCACAAAGAGCCCCAGCUGAAUGACGUGUCUUACGGGGGGGGCGGGGACCUAAGCUUGACUCUGUGUUUCGCUGGGCAACUUACUUUGGGACUUUCGUAGGACAGCAGAAGUUCUGACACAGGAACUUUGAGAAGACGUGACAGCAGUCCCUUCACCUUCUGAAUGGUCAUGGAAUCUGUCAAAAGACACACCCUCAGUUCCCUUGAGUAACAGUUCCGUGUAGAACGAGCUCACGUGACAAGCCCACAGUCGCAGUGACUCCGUGUUCCAUCGUUAGGGAAAGGCUCACCUGCCCCGGGGCGGCGGGAGCGGGUCCACACCACCUACUGGACAUUCGGGAAGCUGUGGGAAGCGGAGCCCAUGUUUGACCUAAGUGCCCUCGACAAGGGCUUCUCAUUACCAUCUCAGUGGUGUUUAAUAUUUCCUCCUUACUCUGAAGAAACCGGAAAUCCUCUUCUCUGCACAGAGGGGUGAAUGUGAGUAAAACCCUGACCUUCCUAAACCUCUGUGAUCACUCACUUCUGGAUGGCUGAGAGAACACUGGGGCGGGGCGCCCCGAGGACGUCUGUCCGUCCCUCUGCCUUGGUUUCCUCCCUGGGGAGUGAGGGAGGCCCAAGUGGUCUCUAGGCUCCCUUCGAGCGCGCCCAGUCUGUGGGGAUUAUGACGUGUAAAUGCGCUUGACACGCGAGGGGGAUUUACUCAAUGAGCAAAUGCUUUGGUUUGUUCAGAAAACGCUAUGAACUUCUUUCCAAAGAUGGGUUGUGGUAAAUACUGGAUAUUUUGGUGAUGAGAAAUAGUUUCUCUGAAGCUUUAGCUGGAGGUACAGCAAUAGUGCGGUGUUCCUACAAAUAUCACAUGUAUUCAAAUAUUUUUCUAUCAAAAAUGAUUUUUGUAAAAGCUGUGUGUGUUUUUAUGCAACUUGUCAUAAUAAAUGUUAUCUUUAUUUUAGAAUAAAAA